AUGCAAAACCCCGUCAUCUCUGGAGCUGACGUCAAAGCUGGUCUAGGAUUGAAAAAGAUAAAGUUGGAUACACAAGAUGACGAACAGACUGUAGUAAAUAAAAUUACUUCCGAUGAAAAAGACGCCACUGGAAAUGCCUGUGGAUUUCCACAACUGAAAACAUGUGGAGGGUUUGAAAUGAUGCGCUGUCAACCGAAUUGUCGGGAUCUGACUGUCAUCGACUGUUCCUGGAAUGCAAAAGAUCUGCGUUCAAACUUGGGCGGAGGGCAAGGGAAGAUUUACUUGCGACCAAUACAGAAGUCUUUGUCAACACAACCUAUAGUGGCUGAAAGUAAGUCAGAAGUGAAACAAAAAUGUUAUAUGUGUAACGAGGACGUCCUUGUCCGCAAUCUUCGCGAUCACUUAUGGUCUUGUACCCAGGGGUUGGAGACAAGUGAUGAUGAUGAUGAUGGCCAAAAUACUAAUACUGGUACAGUUGAGACAUUUCUACCUGUUGAAACCUCUGCCACCAAUACCACCACAGUAACUGCAACAACAGUAUCUACAUCUACAGCAGGACCAUCUGUUACCCAACCAAUUGUCCAGCAAUCCAUCAACUCCCCAAGCAUCCCUAACAAUUCAUUACCAAAUACCCAAACCUCAUUAGUUUCAGCAAUUACCACUGUCAGUGAUUCCUCAUCACCAUCCUCUACUUCAAAUGCCUCUUCAUCUGUUAUUCUGUCAUCAUCCAUUCCAGUUGUUGACCUAACACACACACCAGCAGCAGCCAACAAUAAUGGGCAAUCAGUAGAUGAAAUUGUUGACAGCACUAUUACCUACUGUCAAGAGCAUAAUAUAUUGAAUCCUGUUGAAAUUCUACGAUAUUUUCAACCCAGAAUGGUGAUAGGAAGAGCAUUGGAGGUUCAGUCUGUAGUUGAAGUGAAUGAAGGAGUGACCAACUUCAUCAUGGUUGACCGGCAUAAUCUCAUGACUGCAAUUGAUGAAAUUUUGUUUCUUACAGAAUAUAGGAGAACUUUACAAGUUCAAUUCUAUGGCAAG